UUGAGAGUGGCUGGUGGCCUGGUAGCGCUGAAAAUGUUCAUUACAUAUUUAGUCAAGAUGUCUUUAAUUUGUGGGAUGCAUUAAGAAAGAGGAUGCCUGAGUCAUCACAAUCUGCUUUUGUAAGAAGUUUGGAAGAUAUUUGCAGCUCUAGAGGAAGGGAAAAUGUUAUCAAUCCAGUCACAUUGAGAAAAUUGUUUGCUGAAUGGAGCUAUUGCCAACAUGAAAUUGACCUUCUUCAUGAGCAGACAUGGAAAAAUUGUCCUCCUUGCAGCAUUGAUCAACAUUCAUGUCAUGUUGAUAGAAAUCAAAAAGUGUACAGAUUCAGCAAAGUACCAAGGGGUCCAGUCCAGUGUUAUUAUCGUGAUGUAUUGAUUGCAAACAACAGUUUUGUGGACUCUCAUUUAAAAAGUCUUGGUUCAAAGUCAAUUCAGAAUGAAGAUAAUUCUUGUGGUGACACCCAUUUGAAGGCUGCAAAAAUGGUCUCCAAAUCAAAGAAAAAACAAGACGAGACUGGACUUGAAGUUGCUGGAUGCAGGCACUCGAUUGCUCAAGCUACUUUGAACAUGUUCAGAGGUGAAAUUUAUGGCUAUGCUCACUACUUGCAUAUGAAUUUUUACAACCACAUAAAGUUAAAUAUAUGUGGGAAGAUAUUAUAUGCAAAUAUUGGCCGUGGACUCUACGUGUUACAUCGGAAGAAAAUCAAAAUGCGCUAA